AUGAAGCUACAGUUUUGGUUCUCCGUCUUCACUCUCACUGUAACGCUUGCACUGUGUGGGGUUAAAGACUUGCAGGAGCAUUUUGAACAUCUUAGUGGAACCCAUCUUUCACCAGAAUUUCACAGGGAAAAUACUUUGACGGAUGACUGGAGUGUCGAAGAAGAGGAAGAUGACUAUCUUGAUUUUGAGAAACUAAUCAGUGAAGACUACUUUGAUAUAAUUGAUGCUGUUCCAGAAACUACUCCUGAGAUUAAACAAGGGAAUAUUCUUGAGCUUUUCCCCGGGAAAAGCAGAAUCCAGCGUCUCAACAUUCUCAAUGCAAAGUUUGGCUUUGAUCUUUACCAAAGUUUGAAGAACAAAGCCAACUCUUCAGAUAACAUCCUCUUGGCGCCUGUUGGCAUUUCUACUGCCAUGGCCAUGCUUUCUUUGGGAUUGGGAGGUCAAACGCACGAGGAAGUACUGACUUCUCUGGGUUUCAGAGACUUUAUUAAUGCCAGUUCAACAUACAAUGUUACAACCAUCCACAACCUCUUCUAUAAACUGACUCACCGGCUCUUCAGAAGGAACUUUGGCUACACGCUCAGGUCAGUCAAUGACCUUUACAUUCAAAAACAAUUCCACGUUGAGAGUGGAUUCAUAAGCAACAUGAAAAAAUAUUAUUUUUCUGAAGCCCAAUCAACUGACUUUUCAGACCCAACCUUCAUCACCAAAGCCAAUGAGCGUAUUUCAAAGCUCACCAAAGGAUUAAUAAAGGAAGCUCUGGAACAUGUAAACCCUACAACUCUGAUGAUGAUUCUUAAUUGCCUCUACUUUAAAGGUACCUGGAAAAAUAAGUUUCCAGUGGAAAUGACACACAAGCGCUCGUUCCGAGUGAAUGAUAAACUGUCUGUGAAAGUUCCCAUGAUGAAGACCAAAGCAAGCUUCCUGGCAGCUACAGAUGAUGAGCUUCAAUGCGGGAUUCUCCAGUUGCCCUAUGUGGGCAAUAUCAGCAUGCUGAUUGUCCUGCCCCACAAGCCGUCAGGCAUGAACACACUGGAGAAGCAACUGACACCACAGGUGGUGGAGAGGUGGCAGAAGAGCAUGACUAACAGAACAAGGGAAGUUGUGCUGCCUAAAUUUACCCUGCAGAAGAGCUACGACCUGAUAGAGCAUCUAAAAACGCUGGGAAUAAAUGAGAUUUUCACCCAAAAUGGCAAUUAUUCUGGAAUAGCAGAGGGGAUCAUCAUUGAUAGGUUUAAUCACCAAGGGACUCUUACAGUGAACGAAGAAGGCACGGAGGCUGCAUUUGUGACUAGUGUGGGCUUCAUGCCCCUUUCAGCUCAGAUUCACUUUACUGUUGAUCGUCCCUUUUUAUUUCUCAUCUAUGAGCACCGCACCAGCUGCUUGCUUUUCAUGGGUAGAGUUGCCAACCCCAGCAAGAAUUAA